GUCACUGACUUUGCUGGGCAGUAUGUCAAGGAUGCUGAUAAGAACAUCAUUAAACUUCUGAAGGAGCGCGGACGUUUGGUGCAUUGCAGCACAUAUAAAACACAAACUACCCUUCUGCUGGAGGUCGACACACCCCUCAUCUACAAAAGCCGUUCCUAGUUGGUUUGUACGGAGUGGAGCACAUGGUGGACAAGCUCUUGCACAAUAACAGUCAAUGCUACUGGGUCCCGGAGUUUGUACGCGAGAAGCGAUUCGGGAAUUGGCUGAAGGAUGCCCGGGACUGGGCCAUAUCCAGGAACCGCUACUGGGGCACCCCCAUUCCACUGUGGGUCAGCGAGGACUUUGAAGAGGUUGUAUGUGUGGGCUCAUUGGCCGAGCUGGAAGAGCGGACUGGUGUGAAAGUGACAGACUUGCAUCGGGAGAGUGUGGAUCAGCUGACCAUUCCAUCCCGCUGUGGGAAAGGCGUCCUGCGACGGGUGACUGAGGUGUUUGAUUGCUGGUUUGAGAGCGGCAGCAUGCCCUACGCACAGGUGCAUUACCCAUUUGAGAACAGAAGAGAGUUUGAAGACUGUUUCCCGGCUGACUUCAUAGCAGAGGGAAUUGACCAGACACGUGGAUGGUAA